UUUUUGGCUUUAAUUUAAUGUAUUCUUUAAUCAAACAGAAACUCCAUUCACUGCAAAUAAUUCAUCCCCCAAGAGAAUGGGCCAUACAUCAUCAAAAUUAGCCAUUGCUUCAGAUUCGAAGUUAAUAAACUCAGUGGCCUUAAUUCCUUUGUCAUCUGCAUCUAGAGCAGAUCUGUCAUCUUCUUUGAGUGAUUCUUUGCCGUCUAAUCCAACUUUAACAAGGAAGCUGUUCCAAUCACCCGGCCAUGAACUCUCACAGGAGAUAUCUGACAGCAGAAUAGCAUCCCUUCAAUCUGUUGAUGAGAACAGCUCUGCUGGAGCAAGGCCAUCGUUUGUGCUCUCUUCCUGCAGCAAUGACUUCUCCAUAGGUGGUUCCCAUGGUGGGUCUUCUGAUGCCUGGUCCACGCGGGCAUUCUUUGAGCUUGUGGCUUCUUCAAAUAAGGAAAGAUGGUCAGCUGACAGUGUCAACCUUACAUCAUGUAGAAGCCAACGAGCUUGCUCAAAUCCUCCGGAUACACCUCCUCAUCAGAAGAUUUGCAAAGCAUGCUCAAAGCGAUUAACAGGGCACUGUGUGGUUGCUGUUUUGGUUUGUGGUCAUCUUUAUCAUUCCGAAUGUUUGGAGAAAGUUACUAUUGAAACCAACCGAUACGACCCACCUUGCCCUGUCUGUACGCAUGGAGAAAAAUCUGCAAUAAGGCUAUUCGAGAAGGCUGGCAUGGACAUAAUCAAAUCUUGCAAGGGUAAAAUGGCAGAAACUGAUGCACUUGGAGACGCUCAGUCUGAUGAUGGGAAGGGGGCUCGAAAAAACCUCAAGAUAGGAACCAAUUCGAAGUGCAGAUCUUACAGAAGGUCUUUCUUGAAGCAGUAUUUUUCCCUUGCUAAACCAUCACAAUCAACAUCCAGAGGUGGACCUAAGAUGAAGAAAGGAUUCUGGGAAAAAUAUCGUCGCGAGUGAAGAUUCGAAUCAUCAGUAAGUUUUAGAAGCAGGUUAGGCUGUGGCAAAAUCAUUCUGAUCCCGCAUUGCCAUGCCACAUAGAAUGGAAAAAAAAGCAUCACAAAAUUAGUUUGCUGUUCACCUAGUAGAUCAAUAUGCAGAGAAACAGGUGAAGCUGGGAGAAAAUGAAGCCCUGAAUCAAGCCCCUUCAAUAAUUUCCCCCUUUCUGUGAAAUAUUUGAUUCUAGGGCACCUGGUAGUAGUAUCUCAGAAUUUAUUUUAAUUGUUGGCAAAUCUGCUGUCUAAAAUUUGGCACUCCCAGUGACUUUGGGGAGCAUAGGCUGAGUGAUUGUAUGCUAUAUACGCUCAUCUUGAUAUAGAACUUGUCUUCUGGUCGCCAAUGUUUUUAAUUUUAA